GGGCAGGGGAUCUGCGGCCUGGGCCUUAGGCUCCAUAGACUGUCUGCUAACACCACCGCCUCUGACUGCCUUGGCAUGCUUUGCCUUGCCUCACAAUGGCAUCACAAAGAGCUGCCAAUGCUCCCCAUUCGGAAGCCUGGGGCCUUCCGUGUUCCAGGUUCGCCACAGCCCAGACUGGAGAAGCCGACUGGGAGGACAUUUCUAGGCAGGCGCGUCUGAGCCACGAGGGCUCCUUCAGUUCGCCACCAUGGAUCACCGGUACCUCACCGUGCCUGCCAUGUCCUCUGUACCUCAGAUGGAGAAAAUGCUGCAGGUCCCGACCCAGGAGCAGGGCCAAGCCCAGGGUGCAGGCACAGGAAUGCCUGGGACUUCCAGCCUUGGGCCUGGGUAUUCACCCUCAGCCCACCCAGAGCCUUCCAUGGUCCUGGCCGUCACCUCCAUGUCACCCUCCUUGAGAGGGUCUAGACAAUACCGGAGAAGAUUCAGCAAUCAGAGCAGCAGGUCGAGGAGAAGUUCCAAGAAUGCACCUGGAGGGAUAAGAGUCAAAACAAAGCCGGCCCGCCAGCGUCGCAAGAGGAAGCACAGGCGAAUGACGAUGACAGAGAUGGUGGUGCAUGCCUGGCAGAAGAUCUACCCGCACCUCGUCUUGCUGAGGAAGAUCAUCUACGACUUGACUCAGUCUUUCAUCUUUGACUUCAUAAUCUGCUCGGUGGUUGCCAUCAACACCGUAUUGCUGGUGGCUCAAACAUUUGCGGUGGUUGAAAUUCGGGGAGAAUGGUUCUUUUCUGCCAUGGAUCCCGCCUUCCUUUCUGUCUAUGUGUUAGAGGCCGUCCUCAAGCUCAUUGCGUUGGGCUGUGAAUAUUUCCGUGACCCAUGGAAUGACAUUGAUUUCUUCAUUAUGUGCAUGACGGUGCUGGAUUUUCUGCUCCCCUUGCUCAUCUCCUCCAGACAAGGCAACCGCGGCAACAAACUCACGCUCUUCCGGGUCCUCAAAAUCUGCAAGGCUGUCCGUGCUAUCCGUGCCAUCCGCUUCCUGCUCACCCUCCGAGUGAUGCAGAACCUCAAGGAAGUCACAAGCACCUUUUUGCUUUCCUGCGAGUCCAUCGGAGCCAUUAUUCUCCUCAUGUUCUCUUUCCUCUUCAUGUCUUCCGUGGUGCUGCGUGACAUGUUCCAUGAAGCUGACAAAAAACACUUUGGAGACCUCUUCAACAGCAUCUUCACACUUUUCCAGCUCUUCACUUUGGAUGACUGGUCCCUCAUCUACCUUACCUGUCAAGAAGCAGGUGCCUGGUACAUCAUCAUCUUCCUGAUCAUCUACAUCCUUGUGGAGUACUUCUUGCUUCUCAAGUUAGUAUAGGCUCCUCAGGCUUUUGACUUACUGG